AUGAUCUGCUGCUCUGCGCAGGAGCAUGGGUUUAGAGGGCGGACCUCUGCUAAGUGUGGAGAUGCCUUCACAGCUAAAUCAAAGGUAACCAUGACGUCUGGCAGGCACCUGUCAACAGGACCAUUUGCACAGGUGCUGAAGGGUAACAGUGCCAAAGAGACCAUGGGUCUUCUAACGCCCCAGAAGCCUCAGGCCCAUGUUUGCAUAAACAGUCUCAAUUGUAGGCCUCAUCAGUUUGAGGCCUGGACGGAGGUCUCCACCCUGGAACCACGAAGGGCUGCAUUUCUCAUCCGCACUCCCUGCUCUAUAAGAGGUUCCACCCUCUCAGCUCUGGCUGUGGAUGGCAUUGGGGUGCAGGGCUCCUCGGCUUCCAAGCCUGACUUGGAUCUGCCAGUCUCUCCCCACUGGGGAAAGGGCCUGGCCCCCUACAGCAUCCUAAAAUACCAGCUUCUUUCUCUCACCUUCCUUCAUUCUCUCAGCUCCUCUGUCUUCUUCCAUCAACCUUCAUUCACUCACCAACAAAGCAUUUAUCGAGCACCCCAGAAGCCCACAGUGCAGGGCCGCCCAGCAGGCAUCAACAGAGAGAGGCAGGCCGAUGUCCCAGAGGAUAAGGAUAAUGCAGGGAGCCGCAUUCGAAAACUCACCAACGUAGAGGAUUACCAAUCACGCCAAAAGACUCUACAAACCAGAGAGAAAAUGAACAAAUACUUCCCGAAUGCGAUCGAAUACAUCGCUUGGUGGGAAAAAUUAGACACCCGAUUUCGGUUCCUGCGAUCUCAGAAUCCGCAAGAAGGGGCCACACCAAAGCCGCCCUACUCGUACUCGGCGCUCAUAGCCAUGGCCAUCCAGAGCGCGCCCGAGCGCAAGCUCACGCUCAGCCACAUCUACCAGUUCGUGGCCGACAGCUUCCCCUUCUAUCAGCGCAGCAAGGCCGGCUGGCAGAACUCCAUCCGCCACAACCUGUCCCUCAACGACUGCUUCAAGAAGGUGCCCCGCGACGAGGACGACCCAGGGAAAGGUAAUUACUGGACCUUGGAUCCGAACUGUGAGAAAAUGUUUGACAAUGGGAACUUCCGUCGGAAGCGUAAGCGCCGCUCUGAGGCUAGCAGCAGCUCCACGGUGGUGGCCAUAGGGACAUCAAAAUCCGAGGAUGUGCUGUCCUCAGGACUGGGGUCCGGAGUGGGUGGGAAGCCAGAAGGAGACAGCCCCACCUCCUUGCUGAGGCCUUCCCAAUCCCCAGAGCCCCCCGAGGGCACCAAGAGUUCUGCCUCAUCUCCCGGAGGAUCCGGGCUCACCUCUGCCCCGUGCCUCAACACUUUCUUCAGCAGCCUCAGUACCCUGAGUGUCAGCAGCUCUGGGAGCACCCAGAGGGCCCUCCCAGGCAGCCGCCACUUAGGGAUCCCAGGAGCCCAGCUACCCUCCAGCAACACUUUCUCCCCAGCCACCUCCAUGUCGGAGGCCUCAGCAGACACCUUGCAGCCAGGCACCAGCACCAGUACCAGCAGCGGCCAGAGAGCUUCCUAUUACAGCCCUUUCCCCACCAGCACCAGCGGGGGCCAAAGCAGCCCCUUCAGCAGCCCGUUCUACAACUUCAGCAUGGUCAACAGCCUCAUCUACCCCCGGGAGGGCUCCGAGGUCUAG